CCCGCAAUAAACUACUUAAUGAGAUGUAUUUAGACAUUUUAGGUGGAAAUAAAUUAUUUAAUGGGGUGCGCAAAAAAUUAGGGCGAAAGUGUUUUGAAGAACGAAAGGAAUACAAAAUUAAAAUGUUGCGUAUGAAAUAAAUGUAUUAUCUCAACAAAUUAAAAAUUUUAACUAAUUUAAAGACUAUUGUUAAAUUUAUUUUUUUUAUAAAGAUGACUUAACACAAAUUUUAAAAUAAAAGUCUGAUGACUAUUUUAGAGGGGAAAUUGAGCCAAAGAACCCCCAAAGAAAGAGCCAUGGCGGAAGGCGGAGGAGAGGGGAAGAAGAGGGUGGUGGUGGAGUCGUUGGGAUGGCUGACGGAAUCCUCCAUCAUGCCGAGGAAACACCGCGCCAUCCACGGCGUUGGUCCCUCGUCAAUCAUCGAUCUCAAGGCUCAGCUCUACAAGUCCCAGGAGGAGUCCAAACGCCUCUCCAAGGAAACAAUCUCCGCCACCGACCCGAAAUAUUCACACCUUCAAGUCCACCGCGCAAGGGAUAAAAUUUCCCCCCACGACCCCUUCUCCGGCAAGAAUUCCGGCGUUGAUGCUCGAGCUACCAAGGACAAGCUUGAGCUGAAAGCUGCCAAUGAUGGGACAAAUAGCUAUGCUGCUUUGGAGAAAAAAGCUGAACUGUAUGAAAAGCUAGUGAGGGGAGAGCUUUCUGAUGAAGAAGAUAAAGAGAAGUACUGUGUUGAUUUCUUCCGCAAAGGCAUAGAGCAAGAAGACUCGGCAAAACAGUCUCAGCUGCAGCAUGAUACUUCAUGCUCAGAAACACCUGAUGAAGAUCAUGGCCCUAUGCUGACUGAUAAUAUAAAACCUCUGGGAUUUGGGCGUGUUUCAGGCACAAUAGACAGAAGUGAGCAUAAGCGGUUUGUUAUGGAAGUGCAUGAAGAAGCGAGUGAGGCUAGGCAAAAAGCAUCUGAACUGAAAAUGCGCAGGGAAGAACAAGUUGCUGCGCGUAGAGAGAAACUGAAGCAGGCCUAUCUCAAGAAGCAGCGCGAGAAAUUGAUCGCUCAAGCCAAAGCAGCGCAAUUGCAAUGAUAAUAAAAAGUAAAGACGGUUGCAAAUAUGAUGAAGUUUAAGAUGGUUCCCGUCUUGAAGAUCAAAAGGUUAGAAGCCAUGGCUUACGGCAGGCAGAUAUGGUCUUCUUUCAUUCAUGUGUUGUUGGCCUUGCUGAGCUUAUUCCAUUUCACUUUCAAUCACAUCCGAGAUGGUCACACCAUGUAUAGAGUGAUGAACCCAAAGUUUGAGCUUCAAUUUUUUUUCCUUUACACUGAAUUGGAGGAUCUGAUCCAGUGUUUUUGUGCAAAACAUAGAACUUUGGGUGCUAUUUGGUAAAAUGUAAUGAAAUGAAUUGUACGGAGUAAUUGAAGCUGUGUUUAAAUUGACAUAAGUAAUGUUGUAGGGAGUUUUGGGCUGGAAUUUCAAUGAUAUGUGAUAUAUAAAUGUCAGGACUUUGA